UUUCCAGUUCGUGUUGUCAGUGGAUUUUUCGCUACGUCGAAAAGCUCGGAUUUCAGUGCUAAAAUCUCUGAAAAUAUCUCAGUGAAGACUUUAUAAACACCUUUUUCGUCUUCUUCAGCACUCAUUGCAUCCGCGUCGCGUGUUUUCCCGUCUCGGAGUGCCGCGGAAAGUGGGUAAAUGAGCGUGUGAAAGUCGCUCUUUGUGGACGAGUUGUGAAGGCAAAACGAAGCCAUCUUGCUUAUUUGGUCUCGAGUGAAAUUCAGUCGGGAAUAAUGGCGAGUCCGUCGCCGCAGAGCAGCCCCAUGCCGCCUCCGCAGGCGCCCAGUCCCAUGGGUCCGCCGUCGCAGUCCCCGGCGCCGUCGCCGUCGCCGCAGAGCCCGUACCAGCAUCCGGCGCACUCUCACGGCGCGCCCCCGCCGCCGCCGCACAUCAACGGGCCCCCGCCGCCGCACCACAUCCCGCCGGCGGGGCCGCCGCACAUGCAGCACCACCCCGGCAUGGGCCCCCACGCGGGCAUGCCUCAAGGACCGCAUCCGGGCAUGUCGAUGCCGCCGCAGGGCCCGCCGAUGGCCCCCAUGGGCUACCAGCCGCACAACAUGCCGCCAAAUGCCGUGAGUCCCACCCAUUCCCUUUUCCAUGGGCAGAGAAAUGGUCCACCGGGACCACCACCUGGACAGGGACAACCGCCUGGAGGUCCUCCAGUUGGACCACCGCCCGGCGGACCACCGCCUGGGCAGGAGAACUUGAAUGCACUGCAGCGAGCGAUUGACUCGAUGGAGGAGAAGGGACUGCAAGAGGAUCCGCGCUACUCACAAUUGCUCGCCUUGAAGGCCAAUUCCAAGCAGCAGAUCCUCAAUGUCAAUCAGAUGCACAUGCUGAGGGCGCAGAUCAUGGCUUAUCGCCUGCUGGCGCGCAAUCAGCCACUGACGAAGCAGAUUGCUUCUGUGAUUCAGGGUCAGAGAGCGGAUGGAACGCCACCGCAGUGUCCAACGCCGCCGUCAAGUCCCUUCCAGCAGCAACAGCAGCAGCAACAGCAACAGCAGGGACAGCCGGGGGGACAGCAGACAAAGUCGCCGGGCAUGGAACAGAAGCCCGGACCGCCGGUGAGUGGCGGUCAGCCGCCGGUGCAGAGUCCCAUGGCGGGAAUGGUGCCCAGUGGUCAGCAAGCGCCGCAGCAACAGGCGUCGCACAUGCAGCAACAGCCCGCCAGACCGAGUUCUCAGGGCCCAGCUCAGGCGCCGCGCCCAGGAACUCAAGCUCCGGCGCCGCCGCAGCCGAUGCAGAAGCAGAACCGCGUCACGACGGUGCCGAAGCCGAUUGGAUUGGACCCAAUCACGAUUCUGCAGGAGCGUGAGAACCGCUUGGCGGCGAGAAUCGCCCUGAGGAUGGACGAGCUGACGAAUCUGCCCACGGCAAUGCCGGAAGACAUGCGCUUGCAGGCACAGAUUGAGCUGAGGGCGCUGAGAGUGCUGAACUUCCAGCGUCAGCUGCGCAGCGAGAUCAUCCAGUGCACGCGCAGGGACACGACGCUGGAGACGGCGGUGAAUGUGAAGGCGUACAAGAGGACAAAGCGUCAGGGAUUGCGCGAGGCGAGAGCCACGGAGAAGCUGGAGAAGCAGCAGAAGCUGGAGGCGGAGAGAAAGAGGCGUCAGAAGCAUCAGGAAUUCCUGGCGGCUGUGCUGCAGCACGGCAAGGACUUCAAGGAGUAUCACAGGAACAAUCAGGCGCGCAUGGGAAGGAUCAACAAGGCGAUCAUGAACUACCACGCGAAUGCGGAGCGCGAGCAGAAGAAGGAGCAGGAGAGGAUUGAGAAGGAGCGCAUGCGGCGUCUGAUGGCGGAGGACGAGGAGGGCUACAGGAAGCUGAUUGAUCAGAAAAAGGACAAGCGACUGGCGUUCCUGCUGUCGCAGACGGACGAGUACAUUGGGAAUCUCACAGAGAUGGUGAAGCAGCACAAGGUGGAGCAGAAGAAGAAGCAGGCGGACGAGAUGGUGCGCAAGAAGCGCUGGAAGCGGGAGAUUCUGCAGAACGGCGAGUACAUUUCGCUGGACGAGGGUUGCCUGGCGGCGGACCUGCGCGUGACGGUGAUGGACCCGAACACGGGGCAGAAGCUGCAGGGUGAGGAUGCGCCGAUGCUGCGCGAUCUGCACCGCUGGCUGGAGGCGCAUCCGGGCUGGGAGUGGGUGGAGAGCGAGAGUGAUCUGGACAGCGAUGAGGAGGAGGAGCGGCGGCGUGAGAAGCGCGAAGAGGGCGAGAAGAGUGAGCAGGAGCAGGCGGAGGGGAAAACGGAGGACGACGAGACGAAGGAGCUGAUCAAGAAGGCGAAGGUGGAGGACGAUGAAUAUCGCACAGAGGAGCAGACGUACUACAGCAUUGCGCACACAGUGCACGAGAGCGUGACGGAACAGGCGAGCAUCCUGGUGAAUGGGAAGCUGAAGGAGUACCAGAUCAAGGGUCUGGAGUGGCUCGUGUCGCUGUACAACAACAACCUCAACGGCAUCCUGGCGGAUGAGAUGGGCUUGGGCAAGACCAUUCAGACCAUCGCGCUGAUCACGUACUUGAUGGAGAAGAAGAAGAACAACGGGCCGUUCCUGGUCAUUGUGCCGCUGUCGACGCUCUCAAAUUGGGUGUUGGAGUUCGAGAAGUGGGCGCCAUCUGUGUGCGUGGUGUCAUACAAGGGCAGUCCGGCUGGACGGCGACAUGUGCAGAAUCAGAUGCGCUCCACGAAGUUCAAUGUGCUGCUCACGACGUAUGAGUACGUGAUCAAGGACAAGUCCGUGCUGGCGAAGCUGUCGUGGAAGUACAUGAUCAUCGAUGAGGGACAUCGCAUGAAGAAUCAUCACUGCAAGCUGACGCAGGUGCUGAACACGCACUACAAUGCGCCACAUCGACUCCUGCUCACCGGCACGCCGCUGCAGAACAAGUUGCCGGAAUUGUGGGCACUGCUGAACUUCCUGCUGCCGUCGAUCUUCAAGAGUUGCUCCACAUUCGAGCAGUGGUUCAAUGCGCCCUUCGCCACCACUGGCGAGAAGGUGGAGUUGAACGAGGAGGAGACAAUUCUCAUCAUCCGACGUCUGCACAAGGUCCUCAGGCCCUUCCUGCUGAGGCGUCUGAAGAAGGAGGUGGAAUCGCAGCUGCCGGACAAGAUUGAGUACAUCAUCAAGUGCGAAAUGUCAGGGCUGCAGCGUGUGCUGUACAAGCACAUGCAGAGCAAGGGUGUGCUGCUGACGGACGGGAGUGAGAAGGGCUCCAAGGGCAAGGGUGGCGCCAAGGCGCUGAUGAAUACAAUUGUACAGCUGAGGAAGCUGUGCAAUCAUCCCUUCAUGUUCCAGCACAUCGAGGAGAAGUAUUGCGAUCACAUUGGCGGACAUGGAGUGGUGUCUGGGCCGGAUCUGUUCCGGGUGUCUGGGAAGUUUGAGCUGCUGGAUCGCAUUCUGCCCAAGUUGAAGGCCACAAAUCAUCGCGUAUUGCUCUUCUGUCAGAUGACACAGUGCAUGACCAUCAUUGAGGACUACCUCGGCUGGCGGCAAUUCCUCUAUCUGCGCCUGGACGGCACGACGAAGGCUGAGGAGCGUGGGGAUUUGCUGAAGAAGUUCAAUGCCAAGGAUUCGGACUACUUUGUCUUUCUGCUGUCCACCAGAGCUGGUGGCUUGGGUCUGAAUCUGCAGGCGGCCGACACGGUGAUCAUCUUCGAUUCCGACUGGAAUCCACAUCAGGAUCUGCAGGCGCAGGAUCGUGCCCAUAGAAUUGGGCAGCGCAAUGAGGUGCGCGUGCUGAGAUUGAUGACGGUGAACUCGGUGGAGGAGAGAAUCCUGGCGGCGGCGCGAUACAAGUUGAACAUGGACGAGAAGGUCAUUCAGGCGGGAAUGUUUGAUCAGAAAUCCACGGGAUCGGAACGGCAGCAGUUCCUGCAGAGCAUUCUGCAUCAGGAUGAGGCGGAGGAGGAGGAGGAGAACGAGGUGCCGGACGAUGAGAUGAUCAAUUUGAUGAUUUCCCGAAGUGACGAUGAGUUGGAGUUGUUCAAGAAGUUGGACGCUGAGCGCAAGGCAGAAGCGGCCAAAGAUGGCAGGAUUCGCGCUAGGCUCAUUGAGGAGUCUGAGUUGCCGGAUUGGCUGGUGAAGGAGGAUGAGGAGGUGGACAGGUGGAAUUACGAGGAGGAUAGCAUUCUGGGGAGAGGAUCAAGGCAGCGGAAAGAGGUGGAUUACACGGAUAGCUUGACGGAGAAGGAGUGGCUGAAGGCGAUUGACGACGGGAUUGACUUUGACGAUGAGGAGGAGGAGGAGAAGGAGAAGAAGAAGAAGGGCCGGAAGCGCAAGAGCAAGCGUGCAGAUGACUCGGACGAUGACAGCGUGAGUGGGAUGCCGGUGAAGAAGCGCAAGGGUCAGAUGGAUCCGAAGUUCAAGAAGCAGAUGAAGCGCAUCAUGAAUGUGACGAUCAAGUAUGCGGACUCGGAUGGACGCGUGCUGAGUGAGCCGUUCAUGAAGUUGCCGUCGAAGCGCGAGCUGCCGGAUUACUAUGAGAUCAUCAAGAAGCCGCUGGACAUCAAGAAGAUCCUGCAGCGCAUCGAGGAUGGGAAGUACAUGGACUUCUCGGAUUUGGAGAGGGAUUUCAUUCAGCUGUGCCAGAAUGCGCAGAUCUACAAUGAGGAGACGUCGCUGAUCUAUGCGGACAGCAUAAUGCUGCAGUCGGUGUUCUCCAGUGCCAAGCAGAGGGCGGGCGAGGCGGUCGAGGAUUCGGAGAACGAGGGUGAGAAGAAGGGCGAAUUGAGGGUGAGCGUGCAAAGGCUGACGAUUGACGGUGUUGCUCCUCUUGCAGGCUCCUUCGGUGAGGACGAGGACAACUCUGACGAUGAGUCUGGGAGUGUGAAGAUGAAGCUGAAGCUGUCCAAGGGCGGCGCGGCGUCAUCAUCGUCCUCGUCGUCGGCGAAGAAGGCGGCGCCCGUCACGACUUCGGGGCGCAGGAAGAGGACACAGAAGAAGUACACCAUCUCGGAUGAUGAUGAUGAUGACAUGGAUUGAGAACGGCGCGCAGGAGGAGAAAGCAAAAGGACACGAUCGCAGCAUUCGAUAUAGCGCCGCAAGCACACUUUCUCUUCGCAUAUUAAUUAUACAUAUUCACAAAGUAAGAAAAAAUGAACACUUAAGGUGGAAAUUCAGUGGAUUUCUUUGCGUAAUUCGGAUUUAAUCAAAUAGGAGUUGUAGAUUUAGUGUGUAGAUUUAAUUGUGGAUUUCACUCAUGAUGGCUUAAUAAAAUUUCACAAAACUCU